AGUCUUGAAAGUUUACAAUCAAAACAAGUAUUAUCGAAACAUAAAACUCUGAAAAUGAAUCUCUCAAAAUUAAUUGUUAUUCUCACUUUUAUACAUUGCCGCUUCAAGCAUUUAAAUUGUUUGGCUGACGCACUAUUGGAAGACAACCUUAAUAUUGAGUCCGCGGCGUUACGAAGUAACUACAAGAGUUUUGAUAACGUACUUGAUGAGGUCAAGAACACCAAUGAGGCACCACUAACAAAAGUGAAAAGUAAAAGCGAAUCUUUUGUCAACUCUACCUUGGUCAAAACCAGAGAGGAUGAUGAAUUCGUUUUUCUAGUAGUCGGUGGUUAUCGUCCAGAGAAGAAUGAUCUUGCUAAAUAUGUUGUGUCGCUUCGCCAUGUAGAUAUGGAGAAAGAUGAUGGUUUUGGAUUUGGACACUUUUGUGGUGGCUCUAUAAUUUCUAAGAAAGUUAUUCUGACAGCAGCGCAUUGUCUUGCUAAGAGGGGUUCUAUAGCGUUCGCAAAGAAUAUAAAGGUCGUCGCUGGAACAACUCGCCGUUUGCUACGAAAUAAACAGACCCAAGAAUUAACGGUGGCCUCAGUAAAAUUGCAUCCUAAGUAUAAUGCACUUAAUCUUCAUACCUAUGACAUCGCAUUGAUUAAGCUCAAGGAUGAGUUGGACUUAAGUGAAGAGUUUGUGAGUAUUAUUCCUAUAGCAAGUGAGAAGCCAUUAGCUGGACAGUUAUGUACUAUCAUAGGAUGGGGCACCAUUUUGGAAAGUGGACCGGAACCUGAUAAUAUUGGAAAUGGAGAUGUAACUAUUCACUCAGAUGCAUAUUGUGCCUCAAGACUCGGGCGCUUUAAAAAGGACUUCUUUGUAUGCAUCUCGAACCCCAAAAAUUAUGAAGUCAGCAGUUCCAGUGGUGACUCAGGAGGACCGUUAAUAUGCGAUAACAAAGUGGUGGGCAUUUGUUCUCACGGGAUUCGUAUUGGGCAUGCAACACUUCCUAAGGUAUACACUAAUGUCUACUAUUUUCGAGAAUGGAUAUUACGAAAUGGAGUUUGUUGCCUCACCAAUAAGUUGGAGCACAUCGUCCUGGCAUUCGUCAUUGCUUUUAUCUAUCAAUAUACUUUUUAAAAGAUAUGGAAUAUAGACUAAGAUACGAUUUUAUAAUUUUAAACAUUUUUGUAAACUCUCUAUUUGUCUCAUUUUAAUUUGAAAUUAAUUAUAAAUAUUUUCUGGAA